AUUUGUCCCUCGCUAAGUAGGGAGAACAGUUAUCGCUAUCUGGGAUCAUCAGUAAUCUCCUGCCCCGACGAGCUUUAUGACGUAUUGAUGCGGCGUGCGGUAUUUUGAUUCAUUUUCGUUCCUGUGAAUAUCAGUCUAUACGAAACUGUUUUUAAUGCAACAACUAUAACGAAAAGCCGUAAAAGCCUCGUGAAAGGAAACUUUUCUCUUUGAUUGCAUUAUUCAUCAACUGAUCCAAACUGAUUCACCUACUGACCAUUAUUCAUCGACUGAUCCAAACUGAUUCACCUACUGAUCAUUAUUCAUCAACGAAAGCUUAAAGAUAGACAGUUUUUGUUGGUAAUGUGCGUGUCUUGAAUAGUGAAAAAUAUGCAUUAAAUGCACUCAGAUUACUUCAUUUCAGCUUUGAAAAUAUGCAGUUUGUUCAAGAGUAGAUGCUAAAUUAACUAAGUGCAAUCAGAAACUGUGCUAUUGAAAGCGUCGGAAAGCUCCGUUGCAAAAAUUAAUUUUCUGUGAAUAACUGUACUCUCAGAUUUAUUAGACUAUAAUUAUAGACUUUUAUUUUCAUAUCGGUUGUCAGAAACAACUGUAAGCAUCAUGAGCUCCUUCAUGCCGAUGCUGAAUCGCAAUGACUUUUUCCCAAAUGACAUAUUCAGAUCCUUUGAAGGAACUAUAGAUAGAUCAUUCGAUGUACCAAAUAGCUUGGUGAUGGUUGAAGGACUGAACAACCGCGCUCUCAGUUUAUCACCUGCUGACAACUCUUCUGAAGACGAAUUCACGCUGACAGAUCUAUCCGCCAACACCUUCAAAAGCCUCCAGGAUGACGAGGCAUCCACUCCGGUUUUCAUGGAUUCAGAUUCUUCCAGUUCCUACAAGACUAACCAAAGUCUGGAAUUAGUUCCUAAGAAGUCCAAACCAGCUGCUCCGAAGCGUUCCAGGUCUACUAAAACAAGUACAUCGACUAAACAACGCUCGAAAAAUACUCCAAAAUGUCCACCACCCCAACCUGUGCUAAAGAAAAGACGGCUAGCAGCAAAUGCGCGGGAAAGAAGGAGAAUGCAAAGUCUCAAUUUAGCAUUCGAUCGUUUGAGGGAUGUCGUACCAUCCAUCGGUGAAGAUAGGAAAUUGUCCAAGUAUGAGACCCUGCAAAUGGCACAAACCUACAUCACAGCCCUCUGUGAACUUCUGCAAAGGGAUCAAUAACUAAUGAAUUUGCGCCUGGACGAUAAGAAAAGCUGUGAUAUUCCGGCAGGGAUUUUUGUAAAAAAUAAAUCUGCCUCAAAACUUUUUUGAAAGUGCAUUGUGAAAUUUCAUAUUCAGUUGAUUUUGCAAAGAGAGGUGAGCUGUCUUCUGAUUUUAAAUUAAACGAGUGACACUUCUGAACUUUUUUUUUAUUAAUGUGAAAUGUAUACCGUUAAUUAUAGUUCACAACAUAUGAUUAAUGUUUUCAUAUCUUAUCGAAUAUUAGUCCAGAGUUAAAAGAGAUUUUGCUCGCAAAAAUGUAAUUUUUACUGAACAAGAAUGUAUGUAUCCUUCAAUUUCAGAUACAAUUUGAUUACCAUCGAAACA